AAAAGUUUACUACAGCAAAAAAAGUUUGAUUCAAAACAAAAAAAAAAAUAUUAUAAUACUUAUUUAACACAAAUUCCUAUCAAAAACUUCUCCACACAGUGUUAAUUACAUUUAAUUAAAUAGAAAAAAGUGAGAACAGAAAUAAUAAGAACAGGAAGAAUUUUUUUCGAUUCCAAAUAGUUGUUACAGUGUUUAAAUUCAGAACAGCAACGAGAAUAUUUGAAGAGCUUCCAUAAUUAACGAACACUUUUAUUGCGAAUUUGAAAACUCCAACAAGAAAACUUCCAUAGAGAAAGAAAUGCAUCAACCACGUUAUAGUCCAGCACCACCACCACAACAAUUGGGUAUGCGUCCACCGACGCAAUUGCCGCCACCGCGUCCGCAAACUUUUUCAAACGGAAGUUCUUCCACAGUACCGCCACCGCGUACCGCCUUUCCAGGUGCACCACCACCAACUUCAGCCGUCGCUUUAAAGGGGGCCCCCAGGCCAGCUAUGACUAGUCCAGCAGCAGCAGGCGGUUUAGCAGGUGCUCCGUAUCGCGGUGCCAGUUGGACACCACAAGGUUACGCUCCAGCUGCCGCUGCAGCAGCUGCUGCUGUCGCUCAACAAGCCUAUAGAUAUACAGCUCCAUUGCCGCAACCAGCAUACGCGGCUUAUACACCGCAUACAGCAACAACACCAGCAACAACUACGUACGGUCAGCGUGUACCAACUGCAGCAUCGCCAAGUAAUACAAAUUCGAGUAGCUCAUCAAAUACCGGCUCGCAGAGCGGAACUUUAAGUACUAGUCUGAGUAAUACCAAUACAAAUACAACAAUGGGUCCUAGUAACGGUACACAACAACAGGGUGAACAAUUGUCAAAAACAAAUUUGUAUAUUAGAGGAUUACAACAAGGCACAACCGAUAAGGAUUUAGUAUCUAUGUGUGCACAAUAUGGAACGAUUAUUUCAACCAAGGCUAUUUUAGAUAAAACAACAAACAAAUGUAAAGGCUAUGGCUUUGUCGAUUUCGAGUUGCCAGCAUAUGCCGAGGGUGCUGUCAAGGGGCUACAAGCAAAGGGCGUUCAAGCUCAGAUGGCCAAAGUGGGUAUCUGGGUGCUUCAUAGGCCGGCCAUUCAACAAGAACAAGAUCCAACAAAUUUGUACAUCGCAAAUUUGCCACCACACUUCAAAGAGACAGACUUGGAGAAUAUGCUCUCGAAAUAUGGUCAAGUUGUUUCCACACGCAUCUUACGCGAUCAGCAGAUGAACUCCAAAGGUGUUGGCUUUGCACGCAUGGAGAGUCGCGAGAAAUGUGAACAAAUUAUACAGAUAUUCAAUGGUAAUACAAUACAGGGUGCCAAAGAUCCACUUUUGGUUAAAUUCGCCGAUGGUGGUCCAAAAAAGAAGAAUCUCUAUAAGAAUCCUGAUCCAAAUGCGCGAACGUGGCGUGAUCCCACCGAAGGGAUACCGGUCACUUAUGAUCCAACUAUGCAACAGAAUGGUGUUAGUGUUAAUGUUGGCACUCCGAUUGGAGUGCCGUAUUCACGUUUUAGUGCACCACCGGUUAGUAGUUAUCCAAUGACUACCGGUUCGCAAUGGAUACCCGGUUAUAUGAUGACACAACCGAUACAACAAGUUGAGGAUCAAUAUAUGCAGAUGGCAACUGCCCCACAAUUGGGUGUCGCAUCCUAUAAACCAGACGCUGUUAAUCAAGUGCAACCACGCGGUAUCUCAAUGAUGGUUAGUGGUGAUCCAUCUGUGCCAUAUGCACCAAUGGUGCCACAAUUAGCCACAUUGCAAAUUGGGAAUUCCAAUUUCUCUCCAUCAUUACAGUAUAUUAGUCCAACUUAUCCAUAUUAUGCACAACCAACAAUUAUUCCAACAAUGCCAAUGACAGAUUCCGAACAGGCUAGCACAGCUGCAUCACCCGAUGAGGCAUAUACACAGUAUCCACAUCCAGCCGCUCCCAAAUAGGUCAUCGCGAGAUGUAAUAUUAUGAUGCCGCGAUUGACACUCUAAUGGGAGUUGGAAAUGGAAUCGGAUAAACGCGUAUAACAAAAGCAAAAAUGCUGAAAAUAAAAAAACAAAAUACACAAGGAAAACAAUUGCAACACUAGCAUAGACGAUAAUAAUAAUAAUAACAACAAGAGCAACAACAACCUUAAACCACGAAAAUGUGGAAGAUAUUGAAACGGCGCGCGGAUAAAUCAAACGAUGGAAGAAGAAACACACUUACUUACAACAAAACAAAUACUGCAAAAAAACUUUGAACAAAACGUAAACGUCAACAACAGUAACAGUAACUGUAACAAUAGCAGUAACAACACAAC